AAAGGCUCUUGCGCUUUUUUUCCCGUCCGGUAGAGAAACGGCGGAUAGCCGGCGUGACAGCUCUGGGUCGGUAGCGGUGGGUGCGUGGGGACUCCCUGAAGGUACAGUGGAGGGGUCCCCGGAAGUCUGGCGACUCGAGCCCUCUCCGGCUCCUCCAUGCUUGGCUGGAGGCUGCUAGCUCAGGCCCGCUUCCAGGUGCUGCUGGGCCGCCACGCCGGGGGCCUGGAUGCUGCCCCGGGCUCCGGGAACAGAGCAGACAGCUGGCUGUUAGUUAGAAGUCUCCAUGGCAAGAGUAGUACUUGGUGGGAUGAGCAUCUUUCUGAAGAAAAUGUUCCAUUUGUUAAGCAGUUGGUCUCGGAUGAAGAUAAAGCUCAAUUAGCAAGUAAACUGUGUCCUCUGAAAGAUGAACCAUGGCCUGUACACCCUUGGAAACCAGGUUCCCUUAGAGUAGGCCUUGUUGCACUGAAGUUGGGCAUGAUGCCUUUAUGGACCAAAGAUGGUCAAAAGCAUGUGGCCACAUUACUCCAGGUACAAGACUGUCAUGUCCUAAAAUAUACUCCAAAGGAAAACUAUGAUGGAAAAAUGGGAGCCCUAACUGUAGGAGGAAAAACUGUAUCCCGUUUCCAUAAAUCUACACCUAAAUUGGAAUUUUACCAACAACUUGGAUUGCCACCAAAACAGAAAAUUAAAAUAUUUCGCAUAACAGAUAAUGCUGCAAUUAAACCAGGCACUCCUCUCUACGCUGCUCACUUUCGCCCAGGACAGUACGUGGAUGUCACAGCCAAAACUAUUGGUAAAGGUUUUCAAGGUGUCAUGAAACGAUGGGGAUUUAAAGGCCAGCCUGCUACUCAUGGUCAAACGAAAACUCACAGGAGACCUGGAGCUAUUUCAACUGGUGAUGUAGCAAGAGUCUGGCCUGGAACUAAAAUGCCUGGACAAAUGGGAAACAUCGAUAGGACAGAAUUUGGACUGAAAGUGUGGAGAAUAAACACAAAGCACAAUAUAAUCUAUGUAAAUGGCUCUGUACCUGGACAUAAAAAUUGCUUAGUAAAGAUCAGAGAUUCUAAACUACCUGCAUAUAAAGAUUUCGGUAAAAAUCUGCCAUUCCCCACGUAUUUCCCUGACGGAGAUGAAGAGGAGCUACCAGAAAAUUUGUAUGAUGAAGAUGUGUGUCUCCCCAGCUCCCCUUCGGUCACAUUUGCCUGACCUCAUGGACACGGAAGAGCAGCACAUGUGUUUUUAACUUGGAUGAGCCAGAACAGUCAGACACCCAGGAAUUAUACAUAGUUUGCUUUUUAGGCCACAAGAAUGUCACACUUGCCACCUUUGUCAAGGGCAAAAAUGUGUCAUUCAUCCUUCAAUGGCAUUUUUAAAC